AUGGCAGGGUACAUGGUGGCAAAGAAGGUAAAGCCCCACACAACUGAGGCAGAUAUGGUUGGCAAUGGAGAUGGCUGCCCAAGCCAUGAUUACAGCCUGGAUUAUGUUGAUCUUUUUGAACUUUCCAUCCCUGGAAAUGUAUUUGGAAUCACUAAUGACCCAACUAUCCGAAGUGAAGUUAACGAAUCAUUGAGAAUGAUCACUGCAGCGGUGAAAUCUGCCUACAGCAAAGUCAAAGGAGGGAGGGAAAAAAAAGGAACUGGACACAAGGGUAAGAAGAUUUCAUAUAUUUGAGGAUAUGGCAAUUUCUGUUAAAGAUUUGGAAAGAGAAAAUGAAACUAUUAUUGAUGAACUUAAGAAAUGGAGAGAAGAUUACAAGAACCUCAAAGAAGAAAAAGAAAAACUUUAUUCAGAAAUGUUGAUUACUUUGAAAGAGAAAGAUGAAGAGAUUAGUAAUCUAAAUAAAAUGAACAAAGAACUUGAAAAAUAUAUUGACUGUCUUGAAAGGAAGCAAAGUUUUCAAAACCAUGGUAAAGAUGUUUCCCAAGUUUCAAAAAAAUCAAGGACACUAAACACUUUCAUGUCACGAGCUAAAGUUGCACUGUGGUUUAUGAAGUCAUUUGGUCUGGAGUUGAAAGGGAUCACAGCCAUGGAACAGAACACAGGAACAAUACAUUCCCUCCAUGUUGAUGACUGCCAGAAUUUUGAUAGUUUAUUCAAUGAGGACAAAGAAAAGAUUGAACAAGUUCUAUUCCUGCUUGAUAAAUUUUGUGUAGGAGAUUCUUUUUACCAUGAGCUAACCAUGAUUACUGAUGGUCUUCCCAAAUCAUACUUGGUCAAGCAAAGGAGAAGUCAAUUAAAUGAUAUUAGUAAUGUGAUCCCAACCCCCGGUGAGGCAGAUGGGGCUCAGAUUUCAUUUACAGAGAUGCUGAAAACCCGGAUUCAAGAAUUUGUAAAACUUCAUGAUGAAGUAGACUGGAGCAAAGAAAAAAUUCAGAUUAAGAUUUCAGGGGAUGGAGCAAAAAUAACAAGGAACUCAAGUUUCAUAUUGCUUUCCUUUUCAUUACUUCAAAACAGAAAAGAUGUAAUGUCGGCAAGUGGAAAUCACACAUUUGCCAUCAUAAAAGGAUCUGAAAACUAUGAAACUUUAAAAGAUUCCUUCAGCACCAAUUUUGAAGAAAUAAAUAACUUAAUUGAGGUGAGUGAAAUUACAAUAAACAAUACAAAAUAUGGCCUUGAAUUUUUCCUGGGAGGAGAUUAUAAAUUUCUCCUCAUAAUGUUGGGCAUGAAAGGAGCAACCUCAAACUAUGCAUGCCUUUGGUGCAAGAUACACAAAGAACACAGAUGGCAAAUGGACAAGGAUUUAGACUAUUAUAACUCUCAUCCACUCCAACGUACACUGGAAGAAGUAAUUAAUAUAUAUGGCAAAUAA